AUGCAGUUUCACUUCCACAACUCAACACCAGGAAAACUGCCCCGCCAGCGACUAGAGGCGACAAGUCUGUUUUCUGUCGUCCACAUGCCUGUUGCAAGCUCCAUACUUAAUCAGCGAAAGUCGCUAGCUCUCCACUUCACAGUCCCAAAACCUACACCUGGUGACUGGCGCCCCUGCGGUGACUACCGAGCUCUUAAUAACAUAACAGUUCCUGAUCGCUACCCUAUUCCGUACAUUCAUGACUUCUCUGCCAAUCUAAAUGGUGCAACCAUUUUUUCCAAGAUCAGCCAUAAAAUCCACAAUGUCACUCAUCACAUCCGAACACAAGGCCCACCUGUUUUCUGUCGUCCACGCCGUCUUGCUCCUGAUCGCUUGCCUGUUGCAAAAGCUGAGUUUGAGCACAUGCUACAACUUGGAAUCAUCCGUCCUUCCGAAAGUCGCUGGAGCUCUCCACUUCACAUGGUCCCAAAACCUACACCUGGUGACUGGCGCCCCUGCGGUGACUACCGAGCUCUUAAUAACAUAACAGUUCCUGAUCGCUACCCUAUUCCGUACAUUCAUGACUUCUCUGCCAAUCUAAAUGGUGCAACCAUUUUUUCCAAGAUCGACCUCGUCCGUGCCUAUCAUCAAAUUCCUGUGGAUCCAAAUGAUGUCCCAAAGACUGCAAUCAGCACGCCAUUCGGUUUGUUUGAAUUUGUACGAAUGCCUUUUGGACUUCGAAAUGCAGCUCAAACGUUUCAGCGUUUCAUGGAUGAGGUACUUCGCGGUCUUAAUUUUGUCUACGCAUAUAUCGACGACCUACUAAUUGCUAGUUCCACAGAAUCUGAUCACUUACAGCAUUUAGAAAUUCUAUUCAGCCGACUAUCAGAGUAUGGUGUCAUUAUUAACCCUGUCAAAUGUGUUUUUGGUGUCCCUUCGUUGGACUUUCUGGGUCAUAGAAUUUCUGCAGACGGUAUUUCACCCCUGCCUGCCAAAGUAAAAGCCAUCCAGGAAUUUCCAAUUCCAACAUCUCUUCGCAAGCUUCGUGAGUUCCUUGGUUUGAUCAACUUUUAUCGCCGAUUUGUUCCUCACUGUGCAACAAUUUUACCGCCGCUCACUGAUCUCUUGUCACCUAAAUGCAACAUUGACGAUCAUUUCCCGCUGACUGGUGAUACUGAAUCUGCUUUCAUCAACAUCAAAGCUGCCCUCGCCAAAGCCACUCUUCUUGUACAUCCAUCUCGAAUUGCACCGUAUUGCCUCAUGGUAGACGCAUCUAAUGUUGCUGUUGGUGGAGUCCUUCAACAAUAUUUUGCAGUCCUUGCCAAGGCUCAGCAGGAUGAUCCAGAGUUGCCUAGACUACGGUCAUCUUCACUUCAACUCAAAGAAUUUCCUCUACCAUUUUCAGCUGGAACCAUCCCUUGUGACACCACCACUACUCAACCUCGUCCAUAUGUUCCACUACCAUAUCGUCGUCUCAUUUUUGAAACCUUGCAUUGUUUUGCUCAUCCUGGAAUAUCUGCUACGCGGCAUCUUGUUAGUCAAAGAUACGUUUGGCCUGGUAUGAACAAAGAUAUUCGUAACUGGACUCGAUCUUGCAUUCCUCGCCAACAGUCAAAGAUCACACACCAUACAAAAACACCACUUGGCACUUUUGCAACACCAGAUGCUCGUUUCGCCCAUGCUCAUAUUGAUAUCGUCGGACCUCUGCCACCAUCUCGAGGCAACAAAUAUUUACUAACUUGUGUCGAUCGUUUCACUCGUUGGCCUGAAGCCAUCCCGCUUGCUGAUAUUACUGCCGACACAGUUGCUCGUUCGUUUGUCACCCACUGGAUUUCCCAGUUUGGAGUCCCUACCACCAUCACUACUGAUCGCGGCACUCAAUUCCAAUCUGAUCUUUUCCACUCUCUGACAUUGCUUCUUGGUAUAAAACGGAUCAGUACAACAGCCUACCAUCCUUGUGCCAACGGAAUGGUAGAAAGAUUUCACCGUCAACUCAAGUCUUCAAUAAAAGCUUCUCCUGAUCCUACCCGGUGGUGCGAAUCUCUUCCACUUAUCCUGCUUCACCUGCGGACAAUCGUCAAAGAAGAUAUCGGUUGCACUCCUGCUCAACUCGUAUUCGGUUGCAAUCUUCGCUUACCUGGUGAAUUUUUUACAUCUUCUACAGAACAUUCCAAGCUUGACCCGCCUGUCUAUGCUAAUCGGCUUCAAUUUGCCAUGCGUGACCUUUCUCCUACACCGCCUCGACCCCAGACUCCACAGUCUUAUCGUCCACCAGGAUUAUCAACAUCUUAA